AUGAUUCUAGGAGUUGAGAUGCCUAAGGAUAAUCAAAUAACAGUUGUAGUGCAGAAUAUGGAACUUGGCCCACUAAUUGAUGAAGAGAUACAUGUGUCUCCCAUGUUUGAAAUAGUUAGCCUAUGUGAGAAUGCAAUACAUAUAUCCAACAAAAUUAAUCAAAUUCAAAUUGCUUUGCACAUAGGGGUAGAAAUUAACCUGCAGCCGCCACCCAAAAUAGUUCAGUCGCAAAGAGAUGCUCAAGGAGUAAUUAGAGUGUCAAAUAUAAAUAAGGACUCAACAGAUGGUGAUAUGAUUGUCCAUUAUCCUCAUUUUGUUGAUUUUCAUCCAAACAGACUUAAAUGGAAAGUCAAAGCUCGAUUGGUAAGAAUGGUACAAGAGAUUAAUCGGCUUUCACCCCAUGCAACGCUCACAUUGGUUUUACUUGAUGACCAGGGUGAUGCUAUGGAGGCUACUGUAAGGUACAAAGAUGUAGACUAUUUUAGAGAGUAUCUUUAUGAGGGAAGGGUCUACCUUUUUAAUGGGGUGUAUAUUUUACUAGCUGAUGAUAAAUAUAAUUUGGUACCGUAUCACUUCAAAAUGUCUUUCACUGAUGAUACCAGAGUAGAAUACGCAUUUAUCAACUGUGAUACAACCCCUCUUCAUUGGGCUUACUGUAUAAGGUUAAAAGACAUCCAUGAUUUUGCCAACAACUAUGUGCAAUUGAUAGGUAUGUUGUUCUAUGUCUAUAUUACUUACAUAGUACACCUAGAAGAUUGAGCAAAUCAUCGUCCACCAAUUUUUAAUUCCAACAAGUUAAUUUUGUUGUUGUUAUAUGUAUUA